UCAGCUAUAGAAAGGCGACUCGUUUGUGAGACAUCAGCCCCUCUUACAAUGGUGGUACUUUAUGAUUUCCAACUACUAUAAAAGCUUUAGAUGGGCUCCAGUCCACACAGUCUUCAGCUGUCCACUCUUUAGUAAAGCAAAAUGAAGACUACCGUGUUCCUUGUAUUGUGCAUCGCCGCCGCCCUUGCUGAGGAGAAGAAGACCACGAAACGUGGUGUCUUCGGCGAAUCCCUGGGCUUGGGUGUUGGGAGUGUAGGUCUAGGACACGGUGGCAUCGCUUUGGAAGGGCAUGGCCUAUCAUCCGGGAUUUCCGGAGGACUUGUCUCCUCCCACGGCUACGGACUGGGCUCCGGGUACGCAACAUCGCUAGGAUCUGGCUACGCUCUAGGCUCCGGAAUCGGGUUAGGAGGUUCCGGAAUCGGGCUAGGCGGCUCCGGAGUCGGCCUAGGGGGAGCCGGAAUCGGGCACGGAGUCAUCAAUCUUGGAGCUUCCGUUUCCCGCCACAUCACAGUCACUAACAGAGUUGGUAUCCCGAUCCCGCAGCCCUACCCCGUGACUGUCCACAAAAACGUCCCAGUGCCAGUACCCCACCCAGUCCCGGUCCCAGUGGAUCGCCCAUACCCCGUCCAUGUGCCCAAACCGUACCCAGUGCCAGUAGUUAAACACGUCCCAGUCCACGUGGAUAAACCGUACCCAGUUCCGGUUAAAAUCCCAGUGAAGGUUGCUGUUCCAGUCCCUGUUAAAGUACCAGUACCCAAACCGUACCCUGUCCCUGUCCAUAAGCCAGUCCCAGUUCCCGUACAUGAACCCGUGUACGUUAAGAAACCGGUGCCUGUGGUGGUCCAUCAUGGGCAUGAGGAAUACGGACAUGGUGGCUACGGGUUCGGAGGAAUUGGUCAUGGUAUUGAACUUGGAGGACAUGGGAUUGAACUUAGCCAUGGUUCCAGCUACGGAUACGGCCAUGGGAUCAGUUUGGGGUCCAGUUAUGGGCACGGGAUCGGUUUGGGGUCCAGCUACGGUCACGGGAUCGGGUUAGGUAGUUACAAAUCAUGUUGCCGAGAUGUUAGGGGGAAAUGGGAAAGUACUAUCACUGUAGGGGAGGAUGGACUUGUAUAUAAAACAGCGGGUACUAAAUUGGAACAGACACAGUUGCAUCGUCUCCACACAAGCAACAUGAAGUUUCUGGUUUGCACUUUAUUGCUGGCAGUCGCGUUGGCCGAAGAGUCCGCCAAGAAAAAGCGCGGUUUGGAGCUCGGGGGUGGCCAUUUCGGGGGCGGCCUCUCUCUAGGCGGGCAUGAGGGGCUCUCGCUGGGUGGUGGCGGCGGCCAUGGAUUCGGCGGCGGCAUCGGUGGCGGCUUCGGCGGCGGCCACGAAGAAGGCCACGUCACCCACAUCACCCUCCACAAGCAAAUCCCGGUACCAAUCCCACAUCCGGUGCCGUACCCAGUGGAGAAGAAAGUACCAUACCCUGUCAAAGUACCAGUCCCUGUCAAAGUCGAUAAGCCGUACCCUGUCCACGUGCCCCAGCCCUACCCUGUCCACAUCGACAAGCCCUACCCUGUCAAGGUGGAGAAGACCAUCCCCUACCCAGUCAAAGUACCAGUCAAGGUGCCAGUGCCCGUCAAGGUGGAAGUACCCAUCCCUAAGCCGUACCCCGUCCCAGUGCACAAGCCAGUCCCUGUGCACAUCCCCGAAUACAACAUCGUCAAGAAGCCGGUUCCAGUUUACGUCAAGGGACAUGAGGGUGGUUUCGGAGGCGGCGAUCUGGGCGGUCAUGGAGGUUUCGGAGGCGGUUUUGGCGGUCAUGAAAUCUCUGGCGGUUUCGGAGGACACGAACUGUCUCUCGGUGGUGGUUUUGGACACCAUGUUUGCUCUCUUUUAUUAGCCACGACCGCUUUUGCUGACAAUGUCAGAGAAAAGCGUGGCUUUUUAGGCGGCCACGGAGGCGGCAUUUCCUUUGGAGGAGGCGGUCACGGGGGCGGCAUUUCCCUCGGUGGGGGCGGCCACGGCGGCGGUAUUUCUUUCGGGGGACAUGAAAGUGUCUCCUUAGGGGGAGGACAUGAAAGCUUAUCUUUGGGAGGUGGCGGUCAUGAAGGCAUCUCUCUGGGAGGUGGACAUGGUGGAUUUGGCGGCGGAAUUUCUCUUGGAGGUCAUGGCGGUGGUGGAGGCGGCGGCGGCGGCGCCAUCGUCGAAGAAGGACACGUUACCCACAUCACCCUCCACAAACAAGUCCAUGUACCAAUCCCGCACCCGGUACCAUACCCCGUCGAAAAGAAAGUACCAUAUCCAGUGAAAGUCCCAGUUGCUGUCAAGGUCGACAAACCUUACCCCGUCAAAGUGCCAAAGCCUUACACUGUCCACAUCGACAAGCCUUACCCAGUCAAAGUUGAGAAAACUAUCCCUGUGCCAGUGAAAGUACCAGUCAAAGUUCCAGUACCUGUGAAGGUAGCUGUGCCUAUCCCUAAACCUUACCCAGUCCCAGUGCACAAACCAGUGCCUGUUCAUAUUCCCGAAUAUAAAAUUAUUAAAAAGCCGGUUCCCGUUUACGUGAAAGGAGGACAUGAGGAAUACUCGUCUGGGGGAUAUGGUGGUGGAGAGGAAUUGUCCUUUGGAGGCGGUCACAGUUUUAGUUCCGGAGGCAGCUUUGGACAUCAUUAAACCAAAUCAUCAUCCUUAUCAUCACUUUCAUUUCUCAUCAUUAUUCAUCAACAAAAUCCCAUAGCUCAAUCUUCGGAAUAUUAUAAUUAACAAGGACUAGCUUCGUUAAUACGGAGAAUUUCCUUUUUUGAGACUGGAACCGAAAAUGAAUUGUUGUGCAACUGUUAUUGUAUUAAAUAUCCCUAAAAUAGGGAAUAUGUAUAUGUACCUCUCUUUCUUAUAAUAAACUAGUAUUUUAGAUGAAA